AUGUUGAGUCUCACAUCCUUCGUCGACAAUCUUAAGAUGAAGUUCUCGUCAGCGAUUGUAACGUCAUUAUUAUGCGCCAGCACAUUCGUCUCAGCACUACCACCACGACAGCCUGCAGAUUCAGUCCUGAUAGAGAGGAUACCAUCGGCUGACUCAUUCGAUGGCGCGAAAUAUACCGAGCUAGAAAAGAGAAGAGGUGGUGGCGGUGGACGUGGAGGUGGCAGUAGCAGUGGCGGCAGAGGUUCUUCCAGUUCUGGAGGCCGAGCCAGCUCAUCUUACUCCUUCUCGCCCUCGUCGAAUCUAGGUGGUAGAACCCGCGACGGUUCAGGAACACCUCCGUCUUAUGGCGGACGAUAUGCCGGUGGUGCUGCCGUACCUUACCAAGCAGGUGCAAGGAGUCCGACAAGAGGCGUCGCCCCUUUCCUCCUGCCAGUGGCAGCGAUUGGUUUCUUCCCUCUACUUUGGCUAUACCCUGUCUACGCAUAUCCUUAUGUCGGAUAUGGUGGUUACCGCUGGUACGAGGACGGCAGAAAUCGAACAGCCAACGUCACAUGUCUUUGCCAGCAGUACUCUGUAUGUGGCUGUGAUCCAGAUCCAGAAGGCAACCAGACAGCACUAGCCCUUACCCUGACAGACGGCGCUGGCUCAGGUGCACCUGUAAACACCACACAAGUCAGAGUUGUCGAUUUUGGAGACGGAAAUACAACAGCCUAUAUCAACGGGACCCUCGACAAUGGUACCACUGCUGCUGGCGGCACAGACCCAAGCAAUGAGAGCCAGAUCUCCGCUGCUGUACAACUCAUGGCGAACUACGGUGGUUACUGGGUGGCUGCUGCUGUGGCCAGCUUGUUUUUGACAGUGGCGUGA